AUGUCUUCAUCUCAACCUCACCAUCAUCGCCAUCACCCCCAUAGUCUUUCCAUCAACUCAUUGAGUUCAAUAAUCGAGCCCACGACUCCGCCAAAUCACUCAUUGUCUUCCAAUAAUAGUACCAAUAUAAAUUCUCUACAGUUCCAUCUGCACCAGCAACCACUCCACCACCAGCCAAGAACUCCUGCCACAUCCACAACCGCUUCCUCAAACUCAUCUUCUUCGACAGCAAACACUUCGUAUUUGCACAAUCGCAGUUUAUCGUCAAAUGGAUCCUUUGCAAAAUUUGGUACUCAUCCUAAUAUAGGCAAAUCAGUUCUAUGGGAUUCUUCCAACAAGUUGAAUCACAACUUGAAUUUACCAAACUUUAACAUCGAUAAUGAAGUAAUAUCGACUCCGUUAAUAAUACCCUCGUCAAACCAAGGCUCGGUUAGCUCCACAACUUCACCUCCAUCGUCUCAAGUCUCCUCCUUCCAAAAAUUGUCACUAGACACUACCAAUUAUAAUUCCUCCACAAGCAAUAAUAGGAACACAACUGCUACCAACAAAAUCAAAGAUGACGAAAGGAAAGUUCAAGGCACUGUUGCAGGAGGCAAGACUAGUAACGAAGACUACAGGAUUGACACCACCAUCGACAACAAAGAAAAUGUUUUGAGGAAACCAUACACGGAUGUCGUUGUUGGAGUAGGUUCCGAAACUGGUGUUAAUGUCAUUGGCGACUUUGCGUCCAACUCAUCUGCAUCCUCACCACCAUCCUCACUCAACUAUGCCAUUAAAGCAGCUCCAUCUCCAGCUAUUGCUCCACCAAAAAUUGACAAAGAAUAUCUCACCUCCAUAAACAAAGUACCACUUACCCAGUUGAGGCUGGAGAUACUAAAACUUGCAAAGGAUCAAUACGGAUGCCGGUUUUUGCAAAAGAAAAUUGACGAAAACUUGGUAUCAAGCUAUCAAGUUAGAGCAUCUAACUUUGAAGUUAUCUUUGAUCAAGUGUACCCAUACAUGUGUGAAUUGAUUGUUGAUCCGUUUGGUAACUACUUGGUGCAAAAAAUGAUACCAUAUUGCAGUGAAGAGAAUUUAGAUUUGAGUUUGGAAAUUUUGCAGUACAAUCUUUGCCAAAUAUCGGUCAAUCAACAUGGUACAAGAGCGUUACAGAAAAUUAUUGACAGCUUAAACAGCCCAUCGCAAUUGAAUUUGUUGAUAAAGGGAUUGAAGCCAUACAUCAUUGACUUGAUCAGAGACUUGAAUGGGAACCAUGUGAUUCAAAAAAUCUUGAACAAGUACGAUCCUCCUGAUUGCCAGUUCAUUUAUGACUCCAUAAUUGAUGAUUUGUACACAGUCGCCACCCAUAAACAUGGUUGCUGCGUGUUACAAAAAUGCCUUAAUCAUGUUACACCCCAGCAGUUGGACCAGUUUUCCAAGGCGAUCUUAAGAUUUGACAAUUUCAAGAUGUUGAUCAAUGACCAGUUUGGAAACUAUGUUUUACAGUACUUGAUAUCGAUCAACUCUAUCGAAGUUAAUUAUGGAAUGUUUCACAAUUUUCUUCAAUCCGGUCUUGUCAACUUGUGCAACUCCAAGUUCAGUUCAAAUGUGGUGGAGAAGUUUAUGAAAAAUUGUUACAAUAACGAGACACAAGACAAAGCAUUUACAAAUUUGAAAUUUGAGUUGAUCUACAAUAUCUUGACUGGUGGUUUGAACAUAUUGGUGAAUGACCCUUACGGCAAUUAUGUUAUCCAAACGAUGCUUGACAUAUUGAUUAAUCCGCAAUCUGGCCACUUGAGCAUGUCAAAAAUUUCGAUGCUAUUGCCAAAAAAUGAACCAAUUGAACAAGAGAGUGCGCAAAACUUACAAAUCACGAUCAUCAAGUAUUGGUUUCAAAAUUGCAAGAUUGCAUCUUCUUUUGGUAAGCGUAUUCAAUCGAAAAUCAACACCAUUUUGAACAACAAUGGUUCUGCGUCGUCGUCGGCUAUGGUUAACAAAAGAAAUAGCCAAAUGAAUGCUAAUGGGGAAUUUGUGGUCAAUGAGGUUCAGUACUCAAUGAGACCCCCAAACCACCAAACUUUUAUUCCGCAACUGCAACCGCAACUGCAACUGCAACUGCAACCACAAGAGUAUCCAUACCAGUAUGAACAACAACAGACUCGACAACAUUACUUUCGCAACAAUUUAGCUCCUAUGAUGAACCAAAACGCAAGUGCAAUGUCGGUAGACCAUGUUCAUCAAUUGGAAAACAAUUUACGAAAACGAAACUAUUCUGUGCCAGCUGAUUUCUACUCGACAAAUCCAAUGAACAACACUGCUACUUAUGUAACACACGAAAUGAGUAAUGUUUACGUUCCCACAGGUAAUAGCAACGGGAUGAAUUCCAGAUCUGCAUCAAACCCAUCAAACAAUUCAAGCUAUGGAUCGAGCGUACCACCGCAGGCUUAUUUGUCUGGCGAGGGGGUAGUUAGUCAAGCCACUUUGAGAGGCUACAUACCAGAAGAUACCGGUAACCGCACAUUGCAACAGUAUCAGCAGUAUCCUUUGCCAGUGAACGGUGGAGUUUUUUACCCAGUAGGUAAUCCAACACCACCACCACCACCACAACAACAACAACAACAACAACAACAAAUACCACAGGUACAACAACAGGUGCAAAUGCCACCUCCAUUUUAUCCACACAAUGGCGGUCUGGGCCAUCAACACAGUCUCUCAGUUGGUUCAAGUGGCCAACCUGAACUUUAUACCCUGCACCAUCCGUUUACAGGUUAUUAUACUACAAAUCCAAAGAGCGUCGCAACCCCGCCAUCGAUGCAAGAAGUUCAGAAUUUUUCCCCAGGCAGUGGUGGUACACAGGCACACCAGUUAAACCCUAAUAUUGCACUGAAUCAUCAAGUACAAUCAAUGACACCCAUGUUGAAUCGCGGACCACAUCACACGCACAACGCCUCUUGGUCGUCCUCAUCGUCGAACCAAAACGGGGUUGCAUUCGGCACGCCAAGCUGGUAA